AAAAAGUGUGAUGUGUCGCACUAUAAGCGAGCGUAUUUAAAAUGCAAUAAAAUUUAUCAAGACACGACCUCACAUAUCACCCACGAGUCACGAUGGUUAGCCGUUGGCCAUUUUUAAUAUUCGUUUUUUUCUUUGUUUCUUUUGGAUAUGCCGAAGACACUCAACCCGAAUGCGGUCCCUAUGAAAUGGCGAAAACCAACCCCAACGACUGUGUCGCAGACUGCUGUCCUAUUGGUGAAAAUUUCCCGUGCCCUGAUCCUUGUCCGCAGGGACCCUGCAGGUGCUCCCUGAUGAGUAGCAGAGCUAUCAAUGGAACCUGCAUAUCCACCAGAGACUGUCCUCCUUACCCAUGUGGCAUUAACGAGGUGUAUGAAUCCUGUCCAGUUUGUUCCGAGUCCUGUUCAAAUGCAUCUCCCGAUGGUCGUAGAUGUAGAUCCAGAUUUCCCAUUCGCUAUGUAGUUAUUUGCAGACCAAGAUGUCGCUGCAUUGAUUUUCAUUGGAGGAAUAAAGAUGGCUUCUGUGUUCCAUACUGUGAAUGCCCCCGAUCACAAGGUAAAGAAUAACGGCUACUUUACUUUAGCUAAAUGAACUGUUAUGAAUAAAAA